AUGUCGCAAUUCGUAAGAAAGAAACUAGAUUAUGUGAAAUAUGCCAACAAAUUAGACAAGAUAACUUUGAAUACUCUCGAAUUUCCAAUAGAGGAUUUAAUACUUGAACUGAAAAAAGUAAAAGAAGUGAAAAAGAUACAAGCCGAGCAAGAAAAAGAACGAUUAAAGCAAGCCGAAAGCGAACAAAAGGAGAAAGAAAAGAAAUUUAUGGAAGCCUUAAAGACUAAAUUAAAAAAAGUGUAA